AUGGCCUUGGCAGUCAUCAUAGCAGCCAGGAAACUCAGGCCAUACUUCGAUUGUCAUCCCAUCCAGGUGCUCACAAAUCAACCACUGGAAAAAGCUCUUCAGAAGAUGGAUAGCUCGGGUCGUCUGCUGAAAUGGGCCGUAGAGCUAUCUGAGUAUGAUAUUCAAUACAAGCCCAGAACCGCCAUUAAAGCUCAGGCCUUGGCGGAUUUCAUGGUAGAGGCCUCGUAUGAAAAGAAGAGAAUAGAGCAGAAAGAAAGUUGGCUAUUGGAAGUAGAUGGAUCCGCUGCUGAUAGCGGCUCAGGAGCCGGGGAAUGGUUCAGUGAGCUGGUGGCGUACAAACUGACAGGGGUACUCCCAAGCAAUCCCUUCGCCGCGAAGAAGUUAAGACGACAGGCAAACUGGUACAUCAUAUACAGGGAUGAGCUAUACAGAAAGUCAUUUAGCCUGCCUCUACUAAAAUGCGCAACGGCAUGGGAAGCGAAGAAGAUACUGGAAGAAAUACAUGAGGGUAUUUGCGGCAAUCACAUUGGAGGAAAAGCUUUAGCGUUAAAGGCGCUAAGGGCGGGUUCUACUGGCCAACCAUGCUGGCGGAUGCUCAGAGCUAUGUAA